UCGUCUCUUUUUCACACAUGCGCAGUCCAGUUGCGGAAGAACGCGUAUGCGGGCCGGACAAACCCGGAGACGCAAGGAAAAAGUUGCGUGCGGAAGGGGGCUGCUGAGUACGGUGUUGCUGGAGCGUUCCAUUCAGACUGAAGGAGGGGGGUGUCGCUGGACGAAACCAUGGGGAAGCUGAACGUCGUUUUGCUCCGAUACCUUUCCCGGGACCACUUCAGGGUGCUCACUGCGGUGGAAAUGGGCAUGAAAAAUCAUGAAAUAGUGCCUGCUAGCUUGAUUGCAUCCAUUGCCAGUCUCAAACAUGGGGGCUGUAAUAAAACUUUAAGAGAAUUGGCGAAGCACAGGCUCUUAGCUUAUGAGCGAACUAAAACUGUCCAGGGGUAUCGAUUAACUAAUGGAGGAUACGAUUACCUUGCCUUGAAAACACUUUCUUCUCGACAAGUUGUCUGCUCUGUUGGAAACCAGAUGGGUGUUGGGAAAGAAUCAGAUAUUUAUGUUGUCGCAAAUGAAGAAGAAGAGCAGUUGGCAUUAAAAUUGCAUCGGCUUGGGCGGACUUCCUUUCGGAACUUAAAAAACAAGCGCGAUUACCAUAAACACAGGCACAAGAUGUCAUGGCUUUACCUGUCACGCCUUGCUGCAAUGAAAGAAUUUGCCUAUAUGAAGGCUUUGCAUGACCGAAGAUUUCCUGUUCCCAAACCUUACGACUACAACAGACAUGCAGUUGUCAUGGAACUUGUCAAUGGCUAUCCGCUAUGUCAAGUUCAUCAUCUUGAAGACCCUGCCUCUCUAUAUAAUGAAUUGAUGGAAUUAAUUGUCAAACUUGCUAACCAUGGCUUGAUCCAUGGUGAUUUUAAUGAGUUCAAUCUCAUGUUGGAUAAUGAGGAUCGGGUCACAAUGAUUGAUUUCCCACAAAUGGUGUCAACCUCUCAUCCAAAUGCUGAAUGGUAUUUUGACAGAGAUGUGAAAUGUAUUCGCGAUUUCUUCAUGAAACGUUUCAACUUUGAAAGUGAGCUCUAUCCAACUUUCAAGGAUAUUAGGAGAGAGUGUUCUCUUGAUGUGGAAAUUGCAGCCAGUGGCUACACCAAAGAAAUGCAAGAAGAUGAUGAACUUCUUCACCCAGCUUGCCCUGAUGAUGAGAGUCAUAAAAUUGCUGGUGCACAAAACCCUGAAAGAGGAAUAUGCGUGUGCAGUGGCACGGAUCAAGCAACUGUCGGAGAUGUCACCGAUGAGGUAGAGGAAGCCUCUGAAGAUUUGGGGCACCCCAGUGAAGAGGGCAGUGCCGAUGAAAGUGAACAAAGUUUAGAUCUGCGGGAGUUCAGCUGUGCCUUACAAGAAGAUGAAGGGCAAAUUACUGCUGCUAGAGAUGGGGCUAAUGCAGACAGCUCUGUAAUUGAUUUUUCUGUGGAUAAAAAGAAAAUUGAAAAAUCCACAAAAAUUGAAGAUCAAGCAGGUCAAGAAGACGAUCCUGCUGACAGAGCAUAUGAAGAUGAAUGUCCUGAUCUGGUAGACUUGUCCACAUUGAAUAAAGAAUUCAGGCCUUUCAGAGAUGAAGGGACACAGUUUCCCAUCAGUGACUACAGGACAAGAACUACCAGUGUGACUUCAGUGGGCAGCACGGGAAACCUUUCAACAAUUCCUCCAGAACUGGUGAAACAGAAGAUAAAGCGUCAGCUAACUAAACAGCAAAAAGCUGCUCUCAGACGACGGCUGCAAAAAGGAGAAGCUAGUGUUUAUACUAAACAGCGGCGAGAACACAUGCAUAAUAUCAAGUCCAGUUUGGAGGCUGCCAACUUCUGGGGCUGAGUUCUCACAGAUUUGUUUUCCUCCUAAAGCAAAGAAAGAUGUGGCUUUCUGCUUAACUGAAAUGUCAGAUUCUGUUCUUUACAUUUGUACGGCUAAGAUCAGAUUUAAAUUGAAUAUAUUAAAUGGAGAGCAGACUCGGUGGGCUCCAAAAGCUUAUUUCUGCCAGCUGUACCAUG